CUUAUGGAGGUGCCUGUGGUUUGAAAAUUCAUAUGCGACGUUCUUUGUACGAUGUCAACAAUACGAUGUCAAGGCCUAGCGUAACUUGCCAACUACCAAAAACUCAAAACGACAAUUCAGCUCCUUUUUGUCUCUUUAAAUCACCGAAGUUAGAUUUAAAUUGACAAAAUGGUAUUCGCAGAUUUAGGGCGUCGUUUAAAUUCUGCCUUGGGGGAUUUCUCCAAGGCUUCAUCUGUCAAUGAACAGCUUGUUGAUACUCUCUUAAAAAAUAUCUGCACUGCUUUAUUGGAAACAGACGUCAAUGUUAGACUCGUCCAAACGUUAAGGACCAACAUAAAAAAGAAAAUUAAUAUUAGCAACCUUCCUCAGGGCGUCAAUGGAAAGCGGAUAGUUCAAAAAACUGUAUUUGACGAGCUUUGCAGUCUCGUUGAUCCCCAAGUGCAAGCUUUCACACCUAAGAAAGGAAAGCCAUCGGUAAUUAUGAUGGUUGGUCUUCAAGGUAGUGGUAAGACUACUACAUGUACCAAGCUAGCUUUACAUUAUCAAAGAAGAGGCUUGAAGUCUUGCUUAGUUGCUGCGGAUACAUUCCGUGCUGGUGCUUUUGAUCAAUUAAAACAAAAUGCCAUUAAGGCUCGUGUACCCUUUUAUGGUAGCUACACUGAGACAGACCCCGUUGUUAUUGCUCAAGAAGGUGUAGAGAAAUUUACAAAAGAUCGAUUUGACGUUAUCAUCGUCGAUACUUCCGGUAGGCAUCAACAAGAAAAAGAGCUCUUUGCUGAAAUGGUUGAGAUCUCCGAAGCUAUUCAACCGGAUCAGACUAUUAUGAUUCUUGAUGCUAGUAUUGGUCAGGCUGCCGAACCUCAGGCUAAAGCUUUUAAGGAAAGUGCCAACUUUGGGGCUGUUAUCAUUACAAAAUUAGACGGCCAUGCUAAAGGUGGUGGUGCUUUGUCUGCGGUGGCAGCUACCAAUACGCCUAUUGUCUUUAUUGGUACUGGUGAACACAUUAAUGACUUGGAGAAAUUCUCGCCCCGAUCCUUUAUUUCCAAGCUUUUAGGAAUGGGUGAUAUGGAAGGUCUCAUGGAACACGUCCAAUCUUUAAAUUUAGAUAAAAAGAAUAUGGUCAAAAAUCUAGAGCAAGGAAAAUUUACUGUUCGCGAUUUUCGAGACCAACUUGGUAAUAUUAUGAAACUCGGACCAUUGAGUAAAAUGGCCAGUAUGAUUCCCGGUAUGAGCAAUAUGAUGCAAGGCAUGAAUGAUGAAGAAGGAGCUAUACGUAUGAAAAGAAUGCUUUAUAUCGUUGAUUCAAUGACCGAACAAGAACUUGAUUCUGAUGGUUCUGCUUUUAUAGAGCAGCCCUCUCGUGUUCUGCGAGUAGCAAAGGGUAGUGGUACCAGCGUCCUUGAAGUCGAAGAAACAAUCUCUCAAGUUCGUAUUUUUGCUCAAAUGGCAAAAAAAAUGGGAGGAAAAGAUGGUAUUUUGGGCAAGCUCGGUGGAAAUCCGGCUGCCGGUCUCAAGAAGGACCCCCGCCAAAUGGCAGCUAUGCAAAAGCGUCUACAAUCAAUGGGCAUGGGUGGUGCUGGUAUGCCCGACUUUAACCCUGGUUCGAUGAACUUUGGUGACAUAUCUAAAAUGGCGAACAUGUUGAUGGGAAGUGGUGGUGAACCCGGAGGAUUUGAUCUUAAAGGCAUGAUGAAUCAAUUGCAAGGCGCAACAAAGCCACCUCGGAGACGCUAAUUAUGUUUCUGUUGUACUUUAGUAAUUUACUCUUUUGGCAUCUUUACUUGUUUUAAUUAAAUGAAUAUCAACGGUAAACUAUGUUUCUUUUCUUAGACCUAAGAAUAUCUAUACUUUUACUUUCUAAUUCUAUACAUAAACAAUAUUAGCAGUGCAUUUUAUAAGCAGUAACCAAAAAUCUAACCUGGCAAUAAAUAGAAAGAGCGAGCGUAUUUUAGUUUAUGCAAACACUAUAGGAAUGUUCCAACAAUAAUUGAGUGACCGCGCAUUAGUCCUCUUCUUCUUUGACGUACACCUCUUCAUCAGAAUCAACUGUCAUUGAGUGAUCUUGAUUUGUUGUUUCAGAAUUUAAAUCGUUAUAAGCAAGAGGCUCCUCUUCUUUGUUCUCACUUUCUUUACUUUCGUCCACCUCUGGGUGUUCUGCGUCACUCUUUGCUUCCUGUUCUUCCCUUUCAAGUGCUGCUGCUUCGUUAUUUCUUAAAGUUGUUUCAAACUUUUUUAGAAUAUUCAUACUAGUAGAGUCUAACGUUAAGCCAUGCUAAGAAAUUAAUAUCUGGUCUUGUAAAAUAAAAAGUUUUACUUACAUUCUCAAAUGUUUGUAAUUUCCUAAUCGAUUUGCUAAAGUCGUCAGAAGGCAAUGUGUCAGGGAUAUUAAGUUUUCCGAGCAAAGAAACCAUGAGUUUCCUAUCUUUUCCUACAGACGUUUAGUAAAAGCCAAAAAUACCAACUACUUACCUUCAGGUGCACGAGGCAAGCAUUCAAAGAUAUUAUUCGCCAAGUCUUUUCGUUAUCAGUCCAAUCAAGCAUUUGCAAAGAAAUUUGGGAAGUCGAUAAUUGAAGAUCAUCCUCAUCUAUAUCGCGGUAUACUUCCAUUAAAUUCAAUAACGUGUCGCAAAAUACCUAUUUAAUUGUUAGAAUAAGCAUUAUAGAAUCUAAUACCUCUGCGACUUUCCACUGGUUUUCAGGAGAUCCAUAUACAUAAACUGGAAAGAAAUAACCUAACACCUGACGUAAAGCAAAGUUCUCAACAGUAUUUGGCUCAAAAUAUUGGAUUAUUAAAGGCUUAAGAAACUGUUCAUAGUUAGUAUUAUUAUUAUGGAAACUACUUUCACGUACUAGUUCAUCCCGAUAAUGAACAAUUACUAAAAGUUUCGCAAUUGCUUCAGCACUAAGGGUUUGCAACUCAGCCUCAUCGAUGUUGAAAAGAGUUUCAAGCAACAACGACGAGAAUUGCUCAUCGUAUGUGGAGAAUCUAUCCUUCCCGUGUUGAAGAAAGAUAUCGGUCAAGGUUCGAAGGGCAAUAAUCUUUAAAUUAUCUGUUCCUUUUUCCAAGCAAUGUAAAUAUAAAGGAACAUUUUCAUAAGCUAAAUCGCUAUUUAAAAGGCAGACAAGACUCAAACAUUCUAAACCUUUUUCGCGAAUUGGCAAAUCAUGAGAUUUUACAGCAGGUAUAAUUAAAGAUUUUAGUAAAUCAAUGACAUAUAAGUUUUCAUUUAGUGGGGAAGAUAUAUUUUCAAACAAGGCUUGGACAUAAGAAAGGCAUCUUAGUUCACUAAAUGCUUCCUUAUAUUCUUCGGUUUCUUCGUUAGCUUCAUCUUCUUCCAUGUUUGAAGGAACGGGAGAUGAAGCAGCUUCAGGUUCUUUUUCCUGGGGAGACUUUGGUGGAGCCUGUUGGAGUUCAGAUUCCUUCGCGGUUUCAGCAUGUCCUUGUUCGAAUAUGUCCGUAAUAAUUUCUACCAGCAAAGAGCAAAAAUCGGUUUCAGUAGAACAUAAUUUUUUCAAUAAUUCCACAUGAAGAGAUAUCAAGGUUUCAGAAAGCAACGAAGUGGAAAGACUGUUAGUUAAACUCUUUAAUAGUUUACGUCUUCCAAUUUCAUCAGCCAUAUCUUGGUUUAAGGCAAUUAGCAAAAGUUGUUCAAUGAUAAAAGAAGCCUCCUCAUAAGUAGAUCUAUCACGUAG